AUGGCGGACGGCGGCACAGCGGAGGCCUCGGCAGCGCCCACUCCUCCCCCUCCCGAGGGCCACGGCUCGUGCGCGGGCUGGGCCCAGCGCCUGCGGGUCGGGCUGGCGGGGGCUGGCAUUUCGCUGUGGGUCGUGGCCGGCCUGGGGUUGCUCUACGCUUUGAGAGCUCCCCUGAGGCUGUGUGAGAAUCUGGCGGCGGUGACAGCAUUUUUAAAUUCUUUGACUCCAAAAUUCUAUGUGGCACUAACAGGGACAUCAUCUCUAAUAUCUGGACUAAUAUUUAUAUUUGAAUGGUGGUACUUCCGGAAGUAUGGCACAUCAUUUAUUGAGCAAGUAUCUAUAAGCCAUUUGCGGCCACUUAUUGGAGGGACAGAGAACAAUGUUCCAGAGCCAGGUUCUCCUUCUGGUAGCAGGGAGACUGAUACCAAUAGGCAAAAUUUGUCAGAAUGCAAGGUAUGGCGAAACCCUUUAAAUCUUUUCAGAGGAGCUGAAUAUAGAAGAUAUACGUGGGUGACGGGUAAGGAACCACUUACAUACUACGACAUGAACUUGUCAGCUCAGGAUCAUCAGACCUUUUUCACUUGUGAUACUGAUUCUCUACGUCCUUCAGAUACAGUUAUGCAGAAGGCAUGGCGAGAGAGAAAUCCUCCAGCUCGCAUCAAAGCAGCUUAUCAAGCUUUAGAACUGAACAAUGAUUGUGCCACCGCCUAUGUUCUCUUGGCUGAGGAGGAGGCAACGACGAUUGUCGAUGCUGAGAAGUUAUUUAAACAGGCCCUCAAAGCUGGGGAGACAAUUUACAGGAGGUCACAGCAGCACCAGCACCAGAGUCCUCAGCACGAAGCCCAACUUAGAAGAGACACCAAUGUAUUGGUUUAUAUUAAACGAAGACUAGCAAUGUGUGCAAGAAAAUUAGGAAGAAUAAGAGAAGCAGUAAAAAUAAUGAGAGAUCUAAUGAAAGAAUUUCCUCCUCUUAGUAUGUUGAACAUCCAUGAAAAUCUUCUAGAAUCCCUUCUAGAAUUACAGGCUUAUGCAGAUGUUCAGGCAGUUCUGGCGAAAUAUGAUGAUAUCAGUCUUCCAAAGUCAGCAGCAAUUUGUUAUACAGCAGCACUCUUGAAGACUAGGACCGUGUCGGAUAGAUUUUCUCCAGAAACAGCUUCUAGAAGAGGACUGAGCACUGCGGAAAUUAAUGCCGUGGAAGCAAUUCAUAGAGCAGUAGAAUUUAACCCUCAUGUUCCAAAAUAUUUACUUGAAAUGAAAAGUUUAAUAUUACCCCCAGAACAUAUUCUGAAGCGAGGGGACAGUGAGGCAGUUGCCUAUGCUUUCUUUCAUCUUCAGCACUGGAAACGAAUAGAAGGUGCCCUUAAUCUGUUGCAGUGUACGUGGGAAGGCACUUUUAGAAUGAUUCCAUACCCAUUAGAGAAAGGCCAUCUAUUUUACCCUUAUCCCAGCUGCACGGAGACAGCCGACAGAGAACUAUUACCCACAUUUCAUCAUGUUUCUGUUUACCCAAAGAAGGAGCUUCCUUUUUUCAUUCACUUCACAGCAGGCCUGUGUUCUUCUACAGCAAUGCUUGCCCUUCUCACCCAUCAGUUUCCUGAAAUCAUGGGUGUUUUUGCUAAAGCUUUUGAAGAAAGAUUGCAGCUGUGCAUAUGGGAUCAUGGAGGAACUGUGAGAAAAAAUGUUCCUAGGUGUAUGGCAGGGUAGCAGAGUCAGGAAGGGAAGAAGAGAAAUGUGGAAUAGACUUGUAAACAUUGGAAUGACUGUAUUCUCUUGAGAGUAGUGGCCAAGAGAUGGGAUAGAGUAUACUGUUUCCAUCAUCUAUCAUUGAUAGCAGGUAGUGCCUGCCAUGAUCUGAGAGAUCACUGAUGGCUAGAAGAUCCCAUAAGAACCACAUGGAAUUAAAUAUACUUCUGAUAGUAUUCCUCUAUGAAUUAUUCCUUUAUGAAUAAAUAGUAACAAUAGGAAAUGCAACCUCCUUUAAUAGAUUAAAAUGUAAUCAAACCAAGUAAUCUAUGCUGCAGAAAUUUUUUUGCACUAUUAAAGCCUCUAGUUUUUGUAGAAUAGGCUUUUUACCAUUAACUUUUGAUUUAAAAUAUUUUUAUAUUUGUAACUUUGUUGGAUUGAUAUGAAGAUUUUUGUAUGUAAUUUUAAAAAUGGUGUCCUGCCAAAAUGAACUCUUACAGGUCAUGUUUCAUCUCAAAGAUUUUUACAUAUGAUCUUAAAAUUCCUAAAGUCGUGAGAAGACAGAAAAUAGUUUCAGACUAAUACUGAGAUGUUGUCGUUUAGAGGGAACUAUCUAACUAUUAUAGAUGGGGUGCUAACUAAGACACAAAGAGUUCUCAAUUUAUGAAUUUACCCAUACAUACUGGAAAGUUGACCACUUUCUGUAUCUGGCACUUCUCUACUCCUCCCAUUUACCUACCCAUUGAUUUUGGUGGGGGCCAGUUGACUUUUGGUGGGGGAAGAAAGGGGUGUCAGAAAUAGUAACUUAAUGUUUCUUAUACAAAUGUAAAACUUGGUCUCUCAUGCAUAUAUGAAGAAAGGAAAGAUCUAUUGCAUUUUCUCUUAGAAACUGCUAGUAAUGGCGGGUUGAUAUUGUUGAAACAUUGCAGGUAUUUUACUGAUUAAAUAGUCUUUUGUGGGGUGGUCUGGAAACUUAACCACUAUUUAUAGCACUUUCCUAUAAGAAAAUCCGUUAAAUUCCAUACAACCCAAUUAUAAAUGGACUCCUGGAACACAACCCAUUCCUAAUUUAGCAACUGCCUAUUGUCAGGCAUUCAUUCAGUCAUUAAGAUAUUUGUUAGAGGGGUCAACACACCAGAAAAUGGGGACGAUUCUCUGAAGCGUGCUCAUUUAGUCAAGGGAAACCUUUCAGAAAGUUUUCUUAGUGAGUUUAUUUCAUAGUUAGCAUUAUCUCUCAUUUCCCUCCUUUCACUUUAAGAUUUAUAAAAUUGUUACAAAAAUUUGUUUUUUCUAAACUAUCUUUAAGAAAUUUAUAUAUCUUUCAUACUUAUGAGUCAUAAAACCUUAGAGUUGGAAGAGAUUUUGGAGGUCAUCUAGUCUAACCUCUGUCCAAAUCAUAAAAUUCCCAUAUAACAUGGAUUAUCCAGAUGAUUAGCUUCUACUUAAAGACCUCCAAUGACAUGGAGUUCACUACCCCCAAAAUGAACUAAAAGGAUUGGUAUUAUGUGCUCAUUUCAAUGAUAUUGUGCUUUAUAGAACUUGACUUCACUUUUACAAAACUGAUUUUUUUCCUGGAUGAUCUGAAAACUUCAUCUAGCAUCAGAUAAAGAAAGAGAAAGAAGACAAGAAGUGGAAUGUGCUGAUACCACACUUGAUAUUCUCCUUUGUUAAAAUGUCUGAAAAAGGGAGGAUUGCCUUAAACCAGUAGUUUGUUUUUUUACAUGCUAUGUUAAAUAUCAAAAUUCAGAGUAAGGGUAGUAAACAGGCUAGUUGAACUGUAAUGUGAUUCUUGUUAUCUGAGAAGAACUUUUCUUCAGGAAUUCUGCAUGCUCCUUAAAAAGCCAGCCCUACUCUCUUUGGUUUCAUUUUUAUUUUUUGUAAAACAGGCUUCCUUCCUUCUUAUUCAGUAGCAUUUGAUUGGGCCUUCUCCUUAGCAUUAGUACUCCAAAAAGAAGCCACUUAUGGUGUCAUGUGCUGCUUUUAUCAGCCAAGUAAUAAUACAGUAAUAGAUCUAGGUUUCUUCCAUGUGACAGAUUGUUUAUGAAUAUAAACAUUCUAUAGUUUGGGUUUAACAAAAUAGGGAAGUCUAUGAAGCUGUGGAAGAAGAUGCUAUAAUGUUGUAACAUAAAGUGGAGAAUCAGAAAGAUCCCUGACUCUCCAAAUAAAAUGCUGAUAGUUAUUUUCUCCAAAGCAGCACUUCACUAAAUUUUUGUUCCACUUGCUUUGUAUUAUAGUUAUGCUGAUCAGGGAGCGGGCCCCGUUUCCACAUAGUUCUUCUAAUCUUUAUGUGGGAAAAUGUAGUUGGACAUGCCAGUGAUGAAUUUCUGAGCAACUUAUAAUUGGCUAGCUCUAGUGUAACCAGGGCCUAACAAUCUGCUUGAUUAAUUCUUUAAGGGCAGCAUUAGCCAAGUUGUAUGAUUUCCAAAGAGAUAGGUCAAAUGUUACACUAACAAAGGACCUCUAUGUAAAAUUUUUCUCUUGGGCUCCUUCAACUCCUUCCCAAAAAUAAUUAACUUUUUUCUUCCAAAAUUACAUUUGGUUUUGAAUAAAGAUAUGAGUGCCAAGUGUUGCCCUCCCUGAAUGGUCACUAAACAUUUAGGAAGGUCAUUCUGGCCAUAAAGUUUUCUCCAGAGUAAAAUUAAUUUUUGAUUCUGGCAUUACUCAAAAGAUACCAGUGGAAGAAGAAAUGUUAAAUAUAGUUAUAAAGUAUGCUUAAUAAAUGAUUGUUAUACCCAGCAUUUAGUCUCACUUUAUGUAGUGCCAUUUUGACAGAGUGCAACUUUAAGAAGUUAUCUGGAUAAUUCCUAAAUAGGUAGAGAGUCUUUUAAAAUAGUAUCAUCUUAUUUCAGAAAGGCUGAAUAGCUAUGACUAAUGUGUACCUCUUUUGCAAGUGUAUAGUGUCACAAUCAGUCCUCAAAUUGACAACAGAUGACUUUGUAUGAAAAUUGAUUAUUUUGGAAAUGAAUUUCUACAUUGCAUGCAAAUUCUUAUGGCAGAAAUGAUGUGUGUUUUUCUUCCCCCCCAAUUUUCAACUUAGAUUGUACUCCUGAAAGCAUUGUUGUGUAACUGCCUGUUGAGGCUACACUGUACCAGAAGUGUUUCGAUGAGACUCGAAUGAAUAAAAUGAGCC